CCAGCCCUGGUAUGUUGACCUAAAGCUGAUGGGACAUAGAAAGAGGCAGGGCUCCUGGGUAAUGCAGCAUCAGAGAUAGGAAUUGCUUAUGUAACUGGGACAGCAGAUUAAGCAGAAGGAGAGGAGUCAGAGGCUGGGGAUGGGAGCAGUGAGCUGUCGGCAGGGGCAACACACCCGGGUAUCUGCUCCUCAAAAGGUAGGGUAUGGGGCUCUGGCUGCCUAUGGAUGGGAAUUGAAGGAGGUCUGGGCUAGAAGCCAGAAAGUGCCUAGUUAGCUUGUCAGUGGUAGCCAGUGUGGCAGUGUGAGCAUAGAUGCUAUUAUGUGAAUAACCCCACUCAGGCACAGGUUGUAUGCCUGAUUUGUCAUGAAGAAAACAUACAACUUAUCAAGAUUUUGAAUUAUGUUGAGGAAAUCUAGGUCAACAUCACAAAGCCUGGGAAUUUUCCUUCCCUCUGGAGCACUGGUUCUUAAUGGGUCAUGACCACUUUGGGGGUAGAACUGCCCUUUCACUGGGGUCACUUCGUGUAAUCUACAUUUCAGAUAUUUACAUUGUAAUCUGUAACAGCAAAAUUAAAGUUAUUACAUAGCAAUGAAAUAAUUUUACGUUAUUUAAAUAACGUAAAUUGUUGUGGUAAUAAGUUUACCACAACAUGAACUGUAUAAAAGGGUCUCAGCAUUAGGAUGGUAGAAAACCACUGCUUUGGAGGUUAAGACUUCUGGGUGGCAGUGACACACACCUUUAAUCCCAGCACUUAGGAGGCAGAGGCUGGUGGAUCUCUGUGGGUUCAAGGCCAGCCUGGUCUACAGAGUAAGUUCCAGGAGAGCCUGCAAAGUCACAGAGAAACCCUGUCUCUAAAAACCAAAAAGAAAGAAAAACUAACCCUGCAGUACCUCAUUGAGUAGAUUUAGAAUGGCUCCCUUCUCAGCAGGGUGGCAACAUCCAGGGUCCCUGGGCGAAAGGCUGGAAGAGCUUCUGGUGUGGUAUGGGGACCAUCAGGUCAGGUCUGGAAGAACUAUGGGUACUUCAGAGGCAUCAGGAGCCCCUCCAGCCAGUCCCUCUGCCACUAGAGAAGCCGCUGUCUGAGUGGCCAGUGCCUCAGUUCAUCAGCCUCUUUCUACCAGAGUUUCCCAUGAGGCCUGUUAGGGGGCAGCAGGAGCUGAAGAUUUUAGGCCUUGUGGCUAAAGGCUCUUUUGGAACUGUCCUGAAAGUGCUAGAUUGUGCCCAAAAAGCUGUGUUUGCAGUGAAGGUGAUGCCCAAAAUCAAAGUCCUACAGCGGGAUACCCUGAGGCAGUGCAAAGAGGAGGUUAGCAUCCAGCGACAGAUGAACCAUCCUUUUGUACACAGCUUGGGGGACAGCUGGCAGGGAAGGCGACACCUCUUCAUUAAUUUCUGGUGCUUUGCAGUGUGUAACUACUGCUGCAUGGAUCUCUAUUCCCUGUGGUCUGCUGUUGGUGGUUUUCCAGAGGCUUCUAUCCGUCUCUUUGCAGCUGAACUGGUCCUUGUGCUGUGCUAUCUCCAUGACUUGGGUAUCAUCCAUCGGGAUGUAAAGAUGGAGAAUAUUCUUCUGGAUGAGCGAGGCCACCUGAAACUGACAGACUUUGGUCUGUCUCGACGCCUAUCCCAGGGAGCACGAGCCUAUACUAUCUGUGGUACUCUUCAGUAUAUGGCCCCAGAGGUCCUAAGUGGUGGGCCUUACAACCACACUGCUGACUGGUGGUCCCUGGGAGUGCUGCUUUUCUCUCUGACAACUGGCAAGUUCCCAGUGGCUGCAGAGAGAGAUCAUGUGACCAUGCUGGCAAGUGUGACCCACUGUAAAUCUGAGAUGCCAGCUUCUAUCACUCAGGAGCUCUCACUCCUGCUUCAUGAGCUCUUAUGCCAGAACCCUCUGCACCGUCUACGUUAUCUGCAUCAUUUCCAGGUACACCCUUUCUUUCGGGGUGUGCCCUUUGACCCUGAGCUCCUAAAGAAGCAGCCAGUGAACCUUGUCAUGGACACACAAUACACCAGUGGGCUGGAAUCCGUGCCCUUCAAGGACUUUGACUGUGACCUGGAGUCCUGGGUCCACUCCAUCUCUGCUGAUUCCCUACUGUAGAUUGGAGCCCAGCUGGGAACCUGAGGAUCCCUACUACCAGCUCAGUACCACCACCAUGAGGACCCAGCUUUUCCUUGUUUGUCCCUUACUAUUCUGUUGUAGGUAUUGGAGCAGUUUAAGUCUUUGGCAUUCUGCAACUGAUAGCCAAAACUGCCCCUGAUGCUUUCCUAUCAUACAACCCACCUUUCAAUCGCAGGCCAAGGCAGUGACCUCUAUUUCACUUCUCCAGUACUUUCACUUAAGUUCCCAAACAAAGGCUUCUUAAACUUUA